CUACAUCCCUCGUAGUUGUACCAUUCGGGGUUAUCGGGUAGGCGUAGGCUUAAAGCAUCUGCGAUGGGGAGGAAGCUCACUUAGCCCGCAGUUUCUACCGUUACCUUUGGUACCUCAUCCGUAUUCUCGCUUCGUUCACGUACCGCCCCGUGCCGCUUCCUGAAAAUCCAACCUACAUUGCCGAAGAGGAUGUUACGAUUAUUGUGCCAACAAUCGACGCCGGCGAGGAGUUCAAGGAGGCCGCUCACAGUUGGCUCGCGGGCAAGCCGAAGGAGAUCCUGAUCAUCACGGAGGAAAAGAUGCUGGGUCCCCUGCAGGAGCUCGCUAACUCCGUCGAUCCGGAACGUAUCCGCGUCCUCACCGUACCGUACGCCAACAAGCGACUUCAGAUGUCCCAUGGGAUCAAGAAUACGACGACCGAUAUCAUCGUCUUCGCUGACGAUGACGCAAUAUGGCCCCCCACCCUACUUCCCUACGUCCUCGCCUGCUUCGAGGACCAGAAGAUGGGCGGUGUCGGCACUUCGCAGCGUGUGCAGCCAGUCGGGGAUCGCAUGACAGUGUGGGAGGUCCUCGCCGCCUUCCGUCUCUCCAUCCGUAACAUCGAGAUAUCCUCCUCUACGCACAUUGAUGGCGGCCUGCCUUGCCUCUCAGGGCGGACCGCUGCUUACCGCACCGUCAUUCUCAAGGACCCUGAAUUCCUCCACGGUUUCACACAUGAUUAUUGGCUCGGCAAAUACCAGCUCAACUCUGGUGACGACAAAUUCCUUACCCGCUGGAUGGUCAGCCAUGGCUGGAGUACCUACGUCCAGUGCUGCAAAGAGGCUGAGCUACUGAGUACCAUGAAGCCCAACUGGCGGUUCCUCAAGCAAGUCUUGCGUUGGACGCGGAAUACCUGGCGGUCGGAUUUGCGCUCGCUAUUUAUGGAACGAUACAUAUGGACAUCGCAUCCUUAUGUUGCGUACACGAUGGUGCGCACGAUUGAUCUGAUCGAAUAGCUGUGCUGAUGCAGUGCUGAUCACCUUGUCCUCUCAGGUGGACAAGCUCUUCAAUCCUUUCACGCUUCUCGUCGGCCCGUGCUUUGUCGCCUAUAUCGUCUACAAGAGCACGAUACCUGUCGCAGACGGUGGCUAUCAUCUCCCCUGGUGGUGCGUGCCUCGAUACGACCCA